CCUCCCCUCGUCUCGGCGUUUUUUUCUCGGAGCCUGACGCCUCCCCGCGCUCCGCACUCCCGUCUCCCUCUUCCUCCAGGUUUCUCCCGGCUCGGCCCAGGCCGUCGACUCCCGCUCUGUUUGGUUUUGUUGAUCCCCGCGGCCGCAGAUAUCAGAUUGUUGAGUUAGCUGAUUGAGUUUAGCUGCGUCGGCAUGGCGCAAAACAUCUUGCGGUGGGUGUCCGACACGGUGGACACGUUCAAGGACCGGGCUAAGGACACCAUAGACGGACACCUGCCAAAUGGCACUGGCGAUCCCAACAGGAAGCCACGCGACAUCAAGCCCUUGCACUACACAGACCUGCUGCCGGAGAACUCGGAGGGCUUCCCCGAGACGAAGGAGUUCCUGCAGAGCGUCGUCGACAUCCUGUACGACUUCAUUCAGAAGACGUUCGACAGGAACGAGAAGGUGAUCGACUUCCACCACCCGGAGGAGCUGAAGCGGGUGCUGGACCUCUACAUUCCCGAGAAGGGUGUCACCAUAGAGCAGCUGCUGCAGGACUGCAGCCAGACGCUCAAGUACCAGGUUCGCACAGGUCACCCGCGCUACAUGAACCAGCUAUCGACGGGCCUGGAGACAAUCUCACUGGCUGGCGAGUGGCUGACUGCCGCCGCCAACACCAACAUGUUCACCUACGAGAUCGCACCCGUCUUCAUCCUCAUGGAGGCCGAGACGCUGCAGAAGAUGCGAGAGAUCAUCGGCUGGAGGGACCACGGCGACAGCAUCCUCUGCCCAGGCGGCACCAUCUCGAACCUGUACGCGGCGCUGGUGGCCCGGCACAAGAUGUUCCCGCACGUGAAGGCGCAGGGGCUGUACGGCCUUCCAGCGCCGCUCGUCAUGUUCACGUCCGAAUACAGUCACUACUCCAUCAUGACGGCGGGAGCGCUGAUCGGCCUGGGCACGGACAACGUCUGGGAGGUGCCGUGCGACAAGCGCGGCCGCAUGGACGCCACCAAGCUGGAGGCGCGCAUCUUGGAGGCCAAGCAGAAGGGUCUGAUCCCUUUCUUCGUCAACUGCACCUCGGGAAGUACGGUGGUGGGCGCGUACGACCCGAUCCACGCCAUCGCCGAUAUCUGCCGCCGCUACAAAGUCUGGAUGCACAUUGACGCGGCCUGGGGCGGCGGCGCUCUGCUGUCGCCGAAACUGAAGGCACGCCUGUUCGCCGGCGUGGAGAGGGCCGACUCGGUCACCUGGAACCCCCACAAGCAGAUGGGCGUGCUGCUGCAGUGCUCCACCAUCCAUAUCCGGGAGGACGGCCUGCUGAUGAACUGCAACAAGAUGUGUGCAGAGUACCUGUUCCAGCAGGACAAACACUACGACACAAGCUUCGACACGGGCGACAAAGUCAUCCAGUGCGGUCGGCACAAUGACAUCUUCAAGCUCUGGCUGCUCUGGCGAGCUAAGGGAGACAUUGGUUUCGCACACCACGUGGAGUACCUGUGGGACCUCACCGACUUCAUGGUGCAGGAGAUAAAGCGGCGCGGCGACACGUUCUACCUGAUCUGGGAGGAGCCCGAGUGUCUGAACGUCUGCUUCUGGUACGUGCCGGCCCGUCUCCGCCAGACGCCACACAACCACGAUCGCGAGGAGGAGCUUGGCAAGCUGUGCCCGACGAUCAAGGCCCGGAUGAUGGAGCACGGCACGCUGAUGGUGUGUUACCAGCCGCUGCGCACCACCUCUACGCAGCGACCCAACUUCUUCCGCAACAUCAUCAACAACCAGGCCGUCACGCGCGACGACGUGCGCUUCAUGCUGGACGAGAUCGAGCGCCUCGGCCACGACCUGUAGGCUGCGCGACACGGCUGAGCUGUGUUUGCCGCGGCGUCCGCCGGAGGCGCUGUAGGUCUGCCGGCAGGUGGCGGCUCGGGCGGUGACUUCUAGACUCCAAAGCGGACUGAUCCGGGACGCGGGAAGACUGCUUCAAAAGACACUGGAUGAGGAAAUGCUUCACAUGAGAGGUUUCACUGAAAUCGGUCGGGUCUCGACGAAAAGUGCGUGGGAAAUUAGGCGCUACCUUUCAGGAUCAGUCCGCACUAAAACUGCACUGGAUGCACAAUGAAUAAGCUGACCUCUAAGACAGCAGCAGAUGCUGUCGGUUUUAACUGCGCCCUCCAUUCCCCCAUAAGGUGCGAAAGUCAUGCGCUGUCUGCGAAUCGUCUCAGAGCAUCAAAGUAACAUGCAUCAAAUCGGCAGUCCUCUGUGUCUCAGACUGAGGAGGCGACGAUGAAGCCCGCCGUGCGCCCGACAGACAGGCGCCCCCCCCCCCCCCGCGACCGACCGAGCCACCGCCGCCGCCGGCUGCAGACCGCACGCGUGUACAGUUUCUGAUGUGGCUAUUGACGUCGGCGUUGUCUAUUAAUCGGCGAUUCGCUUCACCGUCGAUGUAAAGCGCUUGACCAGGGGCUGCGAUUGUUGAAUGCGCAAAGUUAUAGUUAUUUAUUGACGGCGUUUGCUGCGAGAAUUCGUUGAAUUUCUACAUAUCCCUCUGAAGUGGACGGUAAGGGAGCCGCGAUUGAAAGUCCAUGACACGUAGUGAUGAGUUGUGAUACAGCGUUGGAUGUUCUGCUGAUCGGUAGCCGUGUUAUCUUUAAGCAAUGUUACUGUUUACGGGGACCAGGGUGGAAAAUGCAGUAGGGCAAGUGCGGCGGCGGCUUCACCACCUUGCAUUGAAAUCAGUCCAGUCCUGGCAUAUCGCCAUUGGAAGAGGUUUGUUCCGGCCGCUGCGCCACGCCGCCUUCUCUCGACAUUCUCCACCCUUGUUGCAGACUGUCGCCCCGGCCGGGCGAGCGGCUCUUUCACGUACGAUGGCCGACAUUCCAUCGUUAUCGCACGCUAGGGAAGCGUCGCUCGCGCUGUAUCUGGCGACCCUUGACGCUUGUGCUAUAACUGGCAACCCUUGAUACGUGCUCAAGCGCCGUGUGAAGCACCUCGGCGCACCAGGCUUGCCGGGACGCGCCUGCUCCGGGCCGGCGCAUCUCUCCGUCGUCCAGUGGCUCGACCUCCUAGCACGCUACUCUUGUCUCGUCUCGCCUCACGCUUCUCGCUGACCUCUCACUGUGCCUCGCGCUUCGCACGCGUCCUCCGCGUCUCUACUCGCUCUUUCGCCCUGGCGUUUUGGCAGCAGAGCGUGCCUAUGCCGCGCCACUGGUUUUCCGCUUCCUUCUCGUCCUGUCACUGAGUUCCGGCCUUCCUAACCAGCGCGUCGCUGAGUCCUCUCUAUCUCUCCCUUUCUCUCCCUCUCUCUCUCCCGCCUCGCGCAGCGUGUCCCUCGCUUUGUCCGGCGUCCUGUCCGCCGUCCCGGUCCCCGUGCCCGGGACCGCUGCUGUGUCCAUGUCGCGGCGCCGGUGGCGCCCCUCGCGGCGACCCGCGCAGUCCGUGUUUCAUUCUUACUGCUGUGAUACGCGAAGAGAACGGUGUGCCUGCGCCGACGGCUCCAGCAGGUCACGCCAACGAGUCUCUCGGGUCACCUCGGGUCACCUUGGGUCACCUCGGGUCACCUCGGGUCGUCUCGGGUCACCUCGGGUCACCUCGGGUCGCCUCGGUUCACCCACGGGGUAGGCCUUCGGGUUGCUUGCGACGUAGUGCUUAACUUUUGCACGCCUUGGCCAAAGGCCACACCCACGCGUCUUGGUCAGUUCCGCUAGUGUUGUGUGACCAUGCCUCUGUUGAUUUGUGUAGAUAAGCACUGCACCGUUCACGUCAACUCAAUCAGUGUUGCUCCUCCAGCGGCUCCACAGCACAGCAAUCCACCGUUACUGCAAAUGCUACCACGCAAAUCUAGAUGCCAGCAUGAUAUUGGCACGCACUUUGCCCACUGUGUUGGAAACACUCGUGUUGGCCUUGCCAUGACAGUGUAUACUGGUCAAAACCGUACGAUGUCUUCCAGAUGCAUCUUCCACAAAGAAACAAUGUCUUCCAGCUCGACGUUCAUGUACAUAGCCGCUCCUCCCCCGCUGACGUCAGCGUGCCAACAUCCACUUAUUUUACAUCUCGUGUUCGCCUUUUGGCGAUAUAAGAACCGAAUUUAUACAUUCGGGGCAAUAAGAUCCAAGUCUUCCAAACUAGGAUAAGUGUCGGCGCCAGAAGCUUGGUGCCAAGACAGCUCUGCCCUUCAGCAAUGAAGGUGGCCAUGCUGCUUUCCGCGGAGGGGCUACGUCUUCCAGAAUUUUCCCGCCUCAGGGGCUCUUAAAGCUGCUGUGUGGUUGGGGCUGAGCGAGACCGGAGCCGAAAUGCUGCACCUGACGCCUCCCACGCCACUUUGUCGGUCUGGGUGUAGUCUGCCGAGACGGACAGUCUCGCCACUGAGCGCUGCUGGGCAAACACGGUCGGAUUUUGCGCGCCGCUUAUAUUUAGUUGUUGAAUGCAUCGAGCGCCCGCUGGGUAAGUGCGAAUCCGUGGCAGGAAAAGCUGCAUGCAUUGCGUGCAGUACAAUGUAGAUGCUUGUUGAUUUCCUCGAAUGAGAUUUACGCAAGUGCAAGGUGUCUGAGUGUAUUGAUGACCGCGUGCGAUGUGCAGUUAAUCGCCUGUGCAGAUUAAUCGCCUGAUCAGAAUCGUGUAUCAAUUUGUUGCUGACUGUUUGCUGCCGCUGAAAACACAAGAAAACCUUGAUACCGUUGACGUGCGGCGGUUGGGCGUUGUGUUUUGGUGUUAUUGGUAGUGCCGUCAAAUCGUCGUGGGCCGUGCGUGUUUGUCGUAGGAGCCAGGUGUGUGAUGUCCCCUUGCAUUACCACGCGCGGAGUCAGUGAUGGUAGUUCCGUUACCUGCACCCAGUGAUCCGUGUUCAUGUUCAAUCGAAAAGUAUCGGAGCAGGUGGUCUUGCCACGGUAUCUGCUCCAUUUGUGACGGCUCACAAAUUGUAGACCCUGCUGGUAUUUCUGUCUGGCUUCAUUCUGUUUAGAGUGCGUCUGAUGGUAUUCGUUAACCUUGGAUCAAAUUCUCAGGCAUCGUAAUUCUUUCACCCACAUCAUGUACCAUGAUGCGAAAUCUUGCAAAAAGGGCACAUUUUUAGCGUACGGCGGAUAUCCGUACAACUCCGCUAGAUCUCCGGUGUUCUUUCAUCAGUGUAAACCACAGAAUCAUGCCCUGCUUACGGUCGUUUUGCAUACGAUGUCACUCUGAUAGCGUCGCUGCGUUUUUGAAAGCGAUUUAAUGCUUGUGCUGCCUAUUUGUUACGAAUAUAAUCUUCCUGUUGCGGUCCGCACACACCACUGGCCUAUGGGGCCAGGUUUUUGACGCGCGUGCUUUUCCCGUGCCGAACGGCGGUCCGUGUCUGCAGCCUGCCGAAGCUAGCAGGACAGGAACGCAGUCGACGCAGGCGCGUGACCCGCGCUGGCGCCGCGCUGGAUGUUAGGCCCAGGUCGUGACCCGCGCUGGCGGCGCGCUGGAUGUUAGGCCCAGGUCGGUCGUCUUCCCACGGUGUCCAGUUGAUGUGUAGUUGGAGGUCGUCCGCGAGGUACGGCUCGUGGUUCCCCGGCAGAUGUCGGCACUGGUCCAACACGUGGGCUCGAUGUGAGCCGGCCAGGCGGUGGCGACGCGUCGGCUCCACGCUCCGUAGCUGGUGGACGACUUCCGCCAAUGUCUUGUCGUGUAGACGGGCAAUAAACGCGUCGAAACCAUC